CGGUAGUGGUUAUUUUAAUUUUAUAAUAAACGUAAACGUGCAUUUAUAAAUGAAUAAUUAUGUAGAAUAAUACACACAAUAUAUAAAAAUAGAAAGUAAGAUAUAGCAAAUGUUAGGAAAUUACUUACAACAAUAAUUAUAUUAUACAGGGUAUAAUUCUAUUUUUAAAAACGAUUAUAAUUAACACACUUAAAGGAUCUUUGGUUUAUCAAAAUAAUUUGAUACAAUACUGCGCAUCAUGAUACCUUUAUAUGUUAAUGAUGGUGUUGCAUAUGUUUGGAAUUCAAAAGACUGGCAUACUCUUCGGUCAACUCACAGGAUAUGUGGUGCAUUGAUUGGUACCAUUGUUUCAUAUCCUCGUCAAAAUGAAUUUCAAGGGUUACCAAUGGCUUUAAUGUCUGAGGAAGCAGCAUUACUAGUUGAAAAAAGAUUAUGUGAGUUGAUUGAACUGCCUAAUAUAAACGAAGAACUUUCAGAAGAAAAGAAACAAAAAAUACAAGAAAUGGAUCAAAAAAUAAUAAAUGAGCAAUCAGAGGCAUUGCAGAAAAAGAAAAUAGAACAAUUGUCACAAAAGAUUGACAUAAUUGUCGCAGGAAAGAAGAAGAAAAUGAUGUCUAAAGGAAUAUUUGAUAUAAAUAUCGAUAAAGACACAUUAUUGCAAGAAGAAAUAAAUAAAUUAUCCAAAGCAACUCCUGCUAAUAUAUUAAUUCAUCUGCCUACAGAACAUUUUAUAAAUACAGAGAACAUUAAAUUGGAAAUAGAUGUUUUGAGACCCUGUAUAAUGUUUGGAGAUGGAGCAAUACGCUAUACUAUUUUCAAGGACUUAUGGGAAAGAGGUUACUAUAUAACAAGUGGUUCAAAAUUUGGUGCUGAUUUUCUUGUAUACCAAGGUGAUCCAGUAAGAUUUCAUGCAAUGUAUAUGUUGAAAUGUGUAAGUAAUAUUGCACAAUGUUUUCGACCUGCAAACAUAGUGACAUUUGGAAGAUUAUCUGUGGCAGUCAAUAAACUCGCACUGUAUGGUUUUUGCAACAAUUAUGGAAAAAUUGAAUAUCAAACAAUACAAUGGCAUGAUACUUUGAAUGGAUGACUUUGUUAACUUAUGCUAGGCCAAAAACAUUUUGU